AUGCGCUCCUCACUCCUCGCUGCAGCCAGCGUGAUGCUCGGCUUCACGCACGGCCUCAACAUCCUCAUGAACAACGAUGACGGCUUUGGCUCAGCGAACUUGCGAGAAUUUUACAAGGUCCUCAAAAGCAAAGGACACAAUGUCUGGAUCGUAGCGCCCGCUGUCCAGCAAAGCGGCCAAGGAGGCCGUUCAGACUUCACCACCUACCCAAACCUCACCUCACCGGCUCAAUACAGCAUCAUCCCCGCCGGAGCACCAUCAUUAGGCCCAGAUCCCAUCGACAGCCACAUCUGGUACUACAACGGCACGCCAGCCGCCUGCACCUUUGUCGCCCUGGACUACGUCCUCCCCAACUUCGCCAACUUCAGCACGCCGGACCUCGUCGUCACGGGCCCCAACUACGGCACGAACCUGGGCCCCUUCGUCUGGACGCUCUCGGGCACGGCGGGCGCCGCAUACGCCGCCACCUCGCGCUCCAUCCCGGCCAUCGCCUUCAGCGCGUCCAACAGCGCGCUGGACUACCGCAGCGUCACCAACACGACCAACGAGUACACCUACGUCGCUCAGCUGUCGGGGAACAUCGUCGAUGCCUUCGUCAACUCUUCGUCCCCCGGGGAGCCCAUCUUGCCGCUCGGAUAUGGCGCCAAUGUGAAUUACCCCAGGCUGGGCGCCAACUGGUCCGGCAUCCCCAUCCUCCAGACCAGGAUGACGGGCGAGGCAAACACGAACGUCGCCUUGCCGGUGGAGGGCAACCCGGGCACGUUCACGUGGGGCAAUAUCGACCCCUUGUCGGCUGGCGUGAACGAGUGCAUCAACGGUGACUGCAGCAUGACUGGCGAGACGGCGGCUGUGGCUGAUGGGUUUGUUGCCGUUAGCUUGUACACCAUCGACUACUCUGCGCCUCGGAGCCCGAAGACGGAGGCCAUUGUCGACAGGCUGCCCUUCGUGCAGACAUGGCACACGAAGAGGAGGUGGAGCUCGUAA